UUGUGUCGACCAGCAUAGUGUUUCUACUUGUAGUGUGGAAUGGGAGCUGCACAGAAAGUAUAAAAGAGCACGAGCGAUACGGCAGCAGCUUGGCUUACGAAGGGCAUUUUUUAAUUGUUAGGGAUUAUUGGUAUUGUUUUUCUUAUUACGAUUGACAAUACUAAUUAUCCGACAAUGGCCCUUAGCCAAUCAAGUGUGUCGAAACUCUACAACACAGUAAUUGACGAUGUGAUAACGGGUGUAAGAGACACCUUUCUUGAUGAAGGUGUUGAUGAGCAAGUCCUUUUGGAACUUAAACAAAUAUGGGAGUCAAAAUUAAAAGCUAGCAAAGCAGUAGAACCUAAUCCAGAACCUCCAGAACCACAACCACCUCAAUUAACGUCUCACAAAAAUGUUACAGCAAGUAAAGCAGCAAAUAUGGGAAACCAUUUUGCACAUCAACAAAUGGCAGCUGCGACAACGACACAAGCUCAAGGCCAAGCUCAGCAGAAUGUUCAAACUGUUCAACAGUCUCCGGUUGUUCUAAUGACAAAACAUCAAUCUACGACUACACCUAUUCUACAACAACAAUCAAUGCCUGUCCAACAAGUUGUUGCAGCACCAGCAUUGUAUGAGCGUCAAGUUCCUAUUCAAAUUACUCUACCUGGCAAUCCAAGUACUGGAGAUGGAAAGCCCAAAUAUUUAACAAUUCAAGUACCAGCAUCCGUUAUCUCAGGAAAUCAGUUAGGUAAUAUUCUUACGGGAUCAGUAAUCACUGCUGCAAUGGGUUUCCCUGAAAAUAUUGCUUCAAAAAUUCUUCAACAACAUGUAGAUAAAACUCUCCAAGGACAAGUAACUUUAGCUCCUAUUGAAAUAAACCAACCAAUUCAAACAAUUCAGACGGCAAAUAAUGUUCAACAACAAAUGCCAGUUCAAAAUCAGACUCAAGGGAAUAUAGCUCAGUUAGAUGGUCAGCAUGGUGAUACUUCAGAUGACGAUGAUGAUGAAGAAGAGGAAGAUAACGAAGAUGAUGAUGAAGAUAUUGAUGAUAAAGACGAAGAGGAAAAUGAUGAUUUAGGAGCUCGAGAAGAGGAACCACUUAAUUCUGAGGACGAUGUUACGGACGAUGAUCCCUCAGAUCUAUUUGAUACGGACAAUGUUGUUGUGUGUCAAUAUGAUAAGAUAACGAGAAGUAGAAAUAGAUGGAAAUUUUACUUAAAAGAUGGAAUAAUGAAUUUAAAUGGUAAAGAUUAUGUGUUUCAAAAAGCUAACGGCGAUGCUGAAUGGUGAGCCCAUUAAAGGCCUUAUGAAAAAUAUCCUGGAAACUUUGUUAAUUUUUUAAUUUUAAUGUUCUCAUAAUAAGAAUCUAAAGUUUUCAUAUCGAUAAAAGAGACCAUCAGUUCAUGGAGAAUGUGCAAAAUAAACACUAAUUAGUAAAUAAUGGAACAAGAUAAAAAGGAUUUUCCUUUAGCUGAUAAUAGAAAAUGAAAAUCCAAAUAGUCACGUGCACAGGUGGUGGAUAUUAGUUGGUGUAAAUUUCUUUAUUCGUUAAAUAAGAAAUCAAUUAAUUUGUUUUAUUAUUAAUCUAUUAAUUGACUAUUAUCAACGUUUAAUAUAUAUUUUUUUUGUUGUUUUUUUCUUUUAUUUCUUUUUAAAUUUAGUAAAUAAUUAUUGAUUGAGUACAAUUAUACAUUAAUAUAAAGAGUAAUGAAAAAUAGUACAGAAUAUUAUUCAAGUAAUUGACAAGUUGAUAGUAAAAAUCCGAUUUUGGAAUCAAAAGAAAAUUUUUUGAAUUUAAUUUUUAAAAUUUUCUUUUUCUUAUGAAAACAUAAAUAAGCGCAUUCUAAGAAAUAAAGGCGUUUCAACAAUGAAAGAAAAUAUGGAAAAAAUUUUAAAUAAAUUUUUCAUUGAAAAAUAAGAUUAAUAUUAAUAUCUUCCGAUAGUUUGCCAAAAAAUACAAAUGCUAAAGAUGAUUAACUGGCUAAAUAUUUAUAUAACUUCACAGGACUUACGUUGUGCCUCAAGUGCAUUGGGAUAAGUUUGUAAAUAAUAUUAGUAACAAAAAAAAAUUAAUAAAAUUAUGCUGCAUAGUAAAGCAAUUUAUACGUUAUAUAAUACGAGCUUUAAGAAUAAAUGUGUCUUACAAUCUU